UGUAACCAGUCAGUACACACACAGCACACUGUCUGUCUGUCUGUAACCAGUCAGUACACACACAGCACCAGCUAUACUGAAAUUAACAGAUUUUCCCCAAAAGGAAAAUAAAAAUCCAGUUCCGAUGUAAACUCAAUAUCCCUACAGGUCCACUGCUCGCUCUCUCUCUCUCUCACACACACACACACACACACACACACACACACGCCUCUUUUCUCUCUCUGAGUGUGUGUAUGUGUGUGAAAUCUAAUCUGAUUAUAUUUUUAGGUGAGACCUCUCAUCGACUCCAUCUCUCCUUUCACUGUGUUUACAAACUGCUGGAGCGGAAGCGGAAAUGACGGUGCGGAAUGGAACGUUUAGUUUUUUUGACGUCAAUAACAAAGUAAUAAAUACGUCGAUAAAUAGAUUUAAAUAUAAGUAUUUUAAAUAUUAAAAUAUUUAAAUGUUAAAUAUUUGAAAUAAUAAAGAAAUAAUCGAAUUUCACGUAUCGUAAAGAAUCAAAUAUUGGUAGGUGACGUCAUGCACACGCUUGCGCUCUUAUUCCGUACAUACUGUAUGAUUCAGAGAAGGUAAAUGAUUCAGCUCAUAUUCAUACGGGGUUUAUAGUGUUUUUGUUGUCUGAACAUCAUCAGACCACAACAUCACAUCCUCAUCAGGCGGUUCAUGUCAGUGCACUAAAAGAAAAGGUUGGUGCACAAAAACACUGACAAGGAGAAGAGUGUAGAGGCCAUGAUCCAACACCACCAACACCACCACCACGCUCCUCUUCCUGUCCUCAUGGGCCUCCUCCUAUACCCUGUAAGGCAGCAAUACCCUUCACAAGUUGUGACUCAGAUGGGAAUAAUGCUGAAGGUGGGGCUGCAGGUGGGGAUGCAGGUGGGGCUGAGGAUAAACCCAUGGUCCCGGAGCAGGAGACCAGUCCCUUUCCCAACACACCUGUGCGGGCAAGUCCAGGCAAUGAAGAAGAGUUGAAUGCACCAGUGCAGGAGAGCGGAGAAGGUGAUAUAAAGUGUGGGGAAAAAGGUGGAGCUCCUGACAAACAGUAAUGGCUGAACAGAUGUAAAGAACUAGGGUUGCAAAAUUCCGGGAAUUUUUAAGGCUGGAAACUUUACAUGGGAAUUAAUGGGAAUUUUAAAAAAUGCAUAGUUGCCUAUAACAAGGAACUUAAAUGUACCGUAAAACUUAAAAUAAUAGCCCGGGCUUCUAUUUACCCAAAUCGCCGAACUGCACCGGCUUGUAUUUGAAACAGGCGUCUAUAAGAGACAGGCCUUUAAUUUAGUGUUGAGAUGUUCAAGCAUGACAGUAGGAGGUUACCACAUUAUAUUACGUUUUAUUUAUAAUUUAUAGUUGUGCGUCUUCUGACUGAAAAGUCGUUGCGCUUGCAGUAAAACUGUUGCAUACGCUUCUUUUGCCUUGGCCCUGAUCAUUUUACGUGAGACUCUGAGAUGCUUUGCCCGCAUGCUGUGGAUCCACUCACACACGCUCACCUCCAGCUCUUCACUGGCCUUCUUCCUCCCUCCACCUCGCAGUCUGGCCCCGGACAGACGUUGCAGUUCAGCUUUAUUUUUACGCCAUUCUCGCACUCUCUUUGGAUCAACCGAGAAAUGUCUUGCCGCUGCUUCUCCCGAAUUUUUUUCGGCAAAUUUGACAACUGUCAGCUUAAAUGUCAGAUCAUACUUUUUUCUUUUUGUCUCCAUGGUGGUAUUGAGAGAAUUAAGAAAAACUGAAUACUAAAAGAAAGUUCGUUAACCUCUUUGUUAUGUUGCCAUAGUGAUGAGUCGUUCAUGAACGGUUGCGUCUGUCACGUGAAAUCUAAUCAAAACAUAGAACAGACGAUCUGACGGGUUUUAGAAGAUCAAAUACAACCCGAUACUAAAAAACAUAUUUGAGACCGGCUUUUAUUUACCCAAACCUGUCGUCACACCAGGCGUUUAAAAGAGACAGGCGUCUAUUUGGGACUCGGCUAUUAUUUGAAGUUUUACGGUAGUUAAAAAAAACUUGCAGCAUAAAUUUGUUUAAAACAACAAGAUUUAAUGCAAUUUAAGUUCAAUUUUUACCCUGCAUUACUCGGUCACUUGCACACAGCACACUGCUUACUGGAGGGCCAUUGAGGCCACAAACCCCCUGCAUGUACUUGCAUUCUUCCAUAACAUCCACAGUAACACUAUUUUAACACUUAUUAGCAUGAAUAUUAAUAGAAUAUUGGCUAUUUAUUAGUACUUAUUAAGCACAUAUUAAAGCCUUAUUCUGCAUUACCUUAUUCUACAUUCUUAAUUGUACCCAAUACCUAAACUUAAUAACUACCUUACUAACUCUUCAUAAGCAGUAAAUUAGGAGUGUUACUACAUGCACAGAUCAUUUGAUGAAAUCCCCCCCCCCCACACACACACACACACACACUGACUCCUCACUGAAAUUAAAAAUAAAAUAUUCCAUAUAUCACUGGGGGGUGGGGGUUGUUUAUUUAUGUUUGUAUAUGAUAUAGUUUUUAUACAUUUCCCUAUAUUUCCAAAUAAUUCCCAUAAAUUCCCGUAAAGUUUCCAAUUUGGAAUAUUUCCAAAAUUCCCCAUAAUAAGUUCCCGUGGAAAGUUUGCAACCCUAUAAGGAACUGGAGGAUGUAAAGAACUGAAGGAUUCUCUGAGGUGUUAUCCAUAAUUCUAUCAUUUCUUAAUUAGAAAUUAUUUAAUUAUUAAAGAUUGCAUAAGAUACAAGCUGCAAAUGUGUUGUGCAAAACCUUUUCUCUCUCUCUUUCAUCUGUCUGUCACUGUAUUAUCUAUGUAGGCCAACAUCUUAGCCACCAGGCUGCCACAUCCCGCUAUCCCGCUGUCGUACAUGGAGCCAAGAUGCAUGUUAUCAUUUUACUGUUUUGUGUCAAAUACUGUAACAGGACUGUAACUUGAGCACUGAAGAUUCAUUGAAGGUCAAUCAAAAUAUGGUUUAUAUAGUAAAAUAUACUUUAAUUAAAAGAUGAAAAACC